AUAAACUUUUAUUUUUCCAUUGUUCGGCUUUUUUGUCUGUAGAAUUAGUUUCAACGUCGCACAGAAUAAAACAAUGAGAAUUGAGCUGGUCACAUCUUGCAUAAUUUGUCUUUUGCUUGCUCCGGUUUUUACUUUUGCCAUGGCCAGAAAUGACAGCGCCCUCAUCUUGGUCGACAUUCAGAACGAUUUCCUUGAAGGUGGUUCACUUGCUGUACCUGGGUCUAACAGUAUUUUUGAGCCUGUCAAUAAGCUCAUCAAACAAAUGAAGGCAAAGCACGGUCUUGUCAUUGCGUCUCAGGAUUGGCACCCUUCAAAUCAUGUUAGUUUUGCAUCUAGCAAUCCGGGUUAUAAAGUAUACGAUACUAAACAAGUUGAAUACGAUGGAAUCAAUACGACACAAGUUAUGUGGCCUGACCACUGCGUGCAAGGAUCUUAUGGAGCCGAAUUAUCUAAAAAGCUCAACACAACUGAUAUUGAUUUCAUUGUCAAAAAGGGCACCGAUCCCAAAGUUGACUCAUAUAGUGCCUUUGCAGACAAUACUUAUGCACAUUUCACCCCGUUAGCAAAAUAUCUUUAUCAACAUCAAAUCGAAAAUGUCUAUGUGGUUGGGGUAGCAGCAGAUUACUGUGUUAAGUUUACAUGUUUGGACGCUGUUAAGUUUGGAUUCAAGACAGUGCUGGUAAAGGAUGGCACCCGACCUGUUAAUCCUGACGAUUUUGACGCAACCUUAGAGCAGUUGAAGGCUAAAGGUGUCCUUAUCAAAGACUAUUCCGACGACUUACUUUAAGCAGUUCAAUAGAGCCCAAUGAAAAAUAUGUACUAAUGAACAGAUGUGAAUCAAGCUUAUUAAUUGCUCUACUGUAAAAUAAAUACAUUUUUUAAAAACUACCUUUCCCUCUUCCGUUAAGGUGUCGUAAUUUAAUCUGAAAUGGACCCUAUGCCUCAACUCGACAGUAUGGUUAUUUCGCAUAGAAGUACAUAUCCAUUGAACAGUAGGAACAAGCACGUCAAGAACAUAGAACAAAAAUUAACUCAUCGUUGUUCAAUGAACCUGAAAGCUGCUAAAAGUAGAAGCUUCCACAUAAGAAAUGUUCGACUGAAUUCAUCCCUAAUUGAUUGCCAGUGUCUUAUUUCUGGAUUUUACUUCUUCCAAU